UGCACGUGUUCGAUUUGAAAAUGUGCUUAUAUAUUGAGGUUCUAUAGAGAUUUCUAUCUUUCAUAAAUUCAUAGUAAUGCAUGCAUUGCAAUUUGCAUAGGAAUAUAAAAAAACAAUUCCAAUAGCUAGCAAAUAAACUUGAUCAGCUUGAUUUCAUUCUUGGUUUUAUCACAACUUUGUUGAUCAUUAUCAAGGUUCAUAUUAUUUAAAGAUGAAGAUGAACAUGAGUGGAAGGGUUCUCUUGUUGUGGUGGUACAUAAUGGCUUUGCAACUUUGUUUCACGUUUGGUUCCUAUUUAGAAUAUAUCUCAUUCAGAAGAAGCGUAAGAGGAUUGCCUAAUGCUCAAUCUUCAGUCACUAUAAAUCGUCAAAAUUCUCAGCAGGUGGUGAUUAGCAAUGGCAUCAUGUCCCUUACUUUGGCAAAUCCAGGGGGGUAUGUCUUAGGAAUAUCAUAUGCUGGAAUGGAAAAUGUACUUGAAGCUGGAAAUGAAGCUGAUGAUAGAGGGUACUUUGACGUUGUUUUUGGCAAAACAUUUCAAAGAGUUCAUGGGACAAGUUUCUCAGUCGUAACACAAAACGAGCAUAUAGUGGAGGUUUCAUUUUUAAGGGCAUGGAGUUCUUCUAUGGGUGUCUCAAGUGUCCCUAUAAACAUAGACCAAAGGUAUAUAGUGAGAAAAGGCGAUUCUGGAUUUUACACUUACGUGGUAUUUGAACGACCAAAAGGAUUCCCUGCUAUUAAAGUUGAUCAAAUAAGGACCGUUUUUAAACCUAAGGAAGCCAGCUUCAACUAUAUGGCCAUAUCAGAUAUUAGGCAAAGAAGAAUGGCAUCAAUGAAAGAUAGAGAUGAUGGUCAAAAACUGGCUUAUCCUGAAGCUGUUCUCUUAACACGUCCAUCUAAUCCACAAUUUAAGGGAGAGGUUGAUGAUAAAUAUCAAUACUCCGUUGAGAAUCAAUACAAUCAAGUUAAUGGAUGGAUUACCGCAGAUUCUGAAAAACCCGUGGGUUUUUGGAUCAUAACACCGAGUAAUGAGUUCCGUAAUGGUGGGCCCGUUAAGCAAGAUCUCACAUCUCAUGUUGGCCCAAUUUGCCUCUCUAUGUUUGUAAGCACCCACUAUGCUGGUAAAGACGUAGCCAUCCAAUUUCAACAAGGAGAGACUCAUAAAAAGGUUUUCGGGCCUAUCUUUGUUUACUUGAAUUCUGCUCCAAGUAAAGAUCAAUUUAAAUCUCUAUGGUCAGAUGCUAAACAAAAGCUAUCGAAUGAACUCAAAAGUUGGCCUUAUAAUUUUAUUCAAUCAAAAGAUUUCAUUCCACCUAAUCAACGUGGAACCCUAACCGGACAUUUACAAGUCCAAGACGGGGGCGGCAAAUCUCAAAAUGCUAAGAAUGCAUACAUUGGUCUAGCUUUGCCUGGGGAUGCAGGAUCAUGGCAGAGAGAAAGCAAGGGAUAUCAAUUUUGGAUUAGAGCAGACCAAAACGGAAACUUUGUUAUAAAAAACAUUGUACCUGGGUCAUACAACUUGUUUGCAUGGGUUCCUGGCUACAUUGGAGAUUACAAAUAUAAUUCUCCAAUUACAAUUAAACCAGGAGGCACCAUCAACUUGAAUUCGCUUGUUUAUAAUCCUCCAAGAAAUGGCCCAACUGUAUGGGAAAUUGGCAUUCCAGAUCGCUCAGCUGGAGAAUUUUUUGUACCAAAGCCUUACUCUAACCUCUUGAACAGAUUAUUCACGAAUGACAUCCCAGACCAGUUUAGGCAAUAUGGAAUAUGGAGCCGUUACAGCGAUUUAUAUCCAACUCAGGAUCUUGUUUACACAGUUGGUGUUAGUAACUAUCGAAAGGAUUGGUUUUAUGCUCAUGUUCCCAGGAGCACAGGAAAUAAUAAAUUUCAAGCAACCACAUGGAAGAUUAUAUUUGAACAUGGUGCUGUAAUAAGUGGAAACUACACAUUACAACUUGCCCUAGCAAGUGCCUCUAAUGCUGAAGUGCAGGUUUGGUUCAAUAACAUGAAUGCCAAUACUCCCUACUUCACAACAAAGAGAAUAGGAGAUGAUAAUGCCAUACCAAGGCAUGGAAUCCAUGGAUUAUAUUGGUUGUUUACCAUAGAAGUACCUAGUAUUCAUUUGGUAAAAGGAAAAAAUACAGUAUUUUUGAGACAAUCAAGAUUUGACUCAUUUUGGCAAGGAGUUCUAUAUGAUUAUAUCCGGUUAGAGAGUCCUCCAACAACCAAGUUGAAAGUGUGAUUCUUGCAGUAUUGAAGGAAAAUUUACUUGGAAGUGUGACUGCUUGACUAGGAAUAAAUUAUCUUCUCUUAUUUAAAUUAUGGAAUAAUUUGCUAGAAAGCAUAGAUUUUAGGAAAAUAAUAAAGCUGGUCAUUGUAUAUAAUCAAAAGUCUGUUAUUAGUUGUAUUGUGUACAUAUACGUAUUAAAGAAUAAAAUUGAUGUUUUUAGUUUUGUGCUUA